AUGCCGUCCCCGCACGCCUCAGCAUCCUCCUCUUCAUCAUCCAAGCGCACCAGGCCCGCACGACGCCCGUCGCGCCCCGCCCUCGAACGCAAUCUACAGAUCCUCAGCCGACUCGACCCUCUGCUGCCCCCAGACUUACCCACGGCCUCGAGCUCCCGAUCACCCGCGCCGGGCUCGAAGCGGAACUCGGACCACCUGGGCAGCAACCAGGACAGCAAGCGCCAACGAGUCGCGGCCGACGGCAAUCGCCGACACGAGCACGGCGUGGACGGUGUCGACGACGCCCGGCAACAGCCGCAGCACCCCGUCCAUCAGGCGGUCCAAGCCCCGAUGCCGAUUGUCCGCCCGCGCCGCCGGCUCGACCGCACGAACGAGAUCUGGACGAGAAAGGCGGCAGAAUACCGCGAACUGGCCCGCAAGCUCAAAUUCUCGGGCGAGGCACACAACUCAGCCUCGUUCGCGCCCAACUCCUCAAGCUACAAGGCGCUAAAGAACCCUCCACCACCCGGCGAUCCCUACCACCAGCACAUGUCCCUCAUGGCCCGCCUCGAGCUCAUCGACUCGCUCAUCUGCUUCGCAUACUCCCACUGGCUCUCGGACUAUUCGGCCAAGUCAUGUAACACUGUCGCCUGGCGAUCCAACGCCGGACUCACCUCGGUCGUUUCCCAAUUGUGGGCGACCGACGCAGUGGACGAGCGCGAGAAGUGCUUCAACGGACUAGUUCUCCUCAUCGACGGAUUUGUAAACUCGCGCAUCGUCGCCUACGAGCAGAUCCGCUCAAAGGGCGACUUUGCGAAGCUCGACGCCGAGCGCAAUCGCGUGUACGCACGCUCCAAGGCGGACAAGGAGAAGAAAGUCCGCGCCGAGCGGGCCGCCGCUCAGGGACCUGCCAACUCUCUUCCUUCGCCCGCAAGUACGAGUACCCCUGGCAGCGCGGACUCCAGUACCCCAAAGGAGAAGGAGCUCAGCCCGCAAGACUUUGAACUCAACCGGAACGAGUGGGCCAAGGAGUUCAUCGGCAUCCCCGGCCCUGUCGCCGACGAGGCGCUAAGCCUGGCCAGUGCCGCCGGCUCUGCACGCCGAGCUCUGACAUACGCACCGUCCAGCUUGAACUUGCGCACGCUCAUGAUCCACUUCCCCAAGACAUUUGCGCGCGUGUUGUACAGCACGUUGCAACAUGACGACGAGGCGGAGCCCGAUAUGGAGGACAAGGACGGCGAGCUCUACUGGCCUAGUACACCGAGCUCCGGCGAGGGCAUCGGUUGGGUCUGCCUGCUCGGCAAAGCCAUGAUUUCUGAAUUUGGCAGCACGAUUGGCUACCGUGGCUAUGACGGUUGCGUGCCGAAGGUGGCCGAACCGAAGCAACAGGAACAAUGA